GCUGCAGAGCACAACAAAGAUCAACCUUUGCACAGCACUUCUCUAUGUCACAGGCAAAAGCAGAAGAAAAUGUUAAAGCUCACUUGAAGUAUGUGGGAAGUCGAAGAGAGCAGGUGUAAUCUGAUACYGCUGGGACUCUGAUGACCAGGUGACCAGGACCUGGUUUGACUGCAUCAGAAGGAGUCUGAUUUAUAUUCCAGCUUGUCUCCACCUAUCCGUCAACACCAGCAGGUCACUUGUCCCUCAAUCUUGCCACCUAGUGGAGUUAAAAAGGUUCAGCUCCGAUCCGGGGGGAAGAGAAACCAGCCAACUACCCCCCUCAUCUGGGGAGUUUCAUUCCCUGCAACAUCUUCCAAUCAUCAUAUUCAACCUUUUACCUACUGGGAAGAAUGUAACACAAAACAGCUGAAAAAGAAAAUAAUGAAAAGCAUGAUUUCGAGUUUUCUGCGAGUGUUGCAGAACACAAAGUGACCCAUACGGGAGAUAUUCUCACAGCGAGACGUUUCAUGCAAGAGUUGGUUGAAUCAAAGCAAGCGAAAGGCCUAAUUCACCAGGAAAUAAAUAAAUAAAUAAAUAAAUAAAUAAGACUCUGACAGAGAAAUCAUCAGGAAAUGGCAUCAUCAGUAAAUCAAACAUCCAUACCACCACUAACAACUAAUGACACCACAAUAACCCGCAUACCAAAACCUCCCAGUCACAACUGGGAGGUUUUGGUUGGUGUUCUGGCCGUAGCCAUCUCCGUCUCCCUUCUCCUCGCCCUUCUUGCCAAAUGUCAGGUGGUCCGGCGUUACCUGGCCAGCUACAGGCACACGCGCCUGAGGGAGCCCGAUACCAUUAGCCAUUCUGACUCUUCAGGCAUGGAUGUAGAGUUUGAUAUGCGCAGGGGACGAAUGGACCCUCACUGCCUCCCCCCUGUGAGCGAGGAGGAUGACGACGGCUUCAUUGAAGACAACUACAUCCCGGCCAGUGAGCGAGCCCGGGCUGAGAGAGCAGCCGAGGACAUGGAGGAAGACACAGAAGAAGAGAUGGAUGUGAUUGAAUUCAGCAUCACUUAGACUCAUGUGGUUGGUUGGUUGGUUGGUUGAGCCAGAAACCUCCCGGACACCAUUUCUACUCCAUUGUUUGUCUUUUCAGUUGGUGUGAAUGUUUUUCAAAUUAAUUAUUACACAUGCCGUCUAGUUUGGAAGGUCUGAAUGUGAGCUCUGAAGGACCAUUAAAUUCACAUUGCUGACAGUUUCAAAAUAUUUGAAAGAGCAUGCAAACAUGUAAAAGUCAAAAUCAGCAAGAGAGAAGCACUGGCUAUCUUGAAACAUCGCAAGAAGCAAAUAUUUAAUCCCCUGAAGUAUUUCUUUACAUUUCCAACAUAUAUCCAAUGAUAUUUAGCUACAUAAGUAAUUUUUGGAACAUGGCUGCUUUCCAUUUGUACUCGCAAGUCAGAAUUUUCAAAAACCACUGGAGCGACCAAGGCAUAGUGAAUUAUUUAAAAGUUGAAGGUUUCUAACUGACAGUGAUCUCAAAAUCAUUUAUGACUUUCUUGAACUUAUAAAAGCACAGCUAAUCUGCCUGGUAGUUUAAAACUUUUACGCAGCAAUUUAUUUCUUUCACUAGCAACAAAACAAGAAAGUAUUUUAACAAUGACAGCAGUGGGAUUCUUUUAAGUGUUCUGAUUUUUGCACAGUGAAACUUUGAUUCUUUGUUUUUAUGGUACAGAAGUGGCAGUUUUUGACAUGUCAGGAGCUCAGUGCCCAACAUAUCAAUAUUUUUAAGGUUUUAAACUGUUUUGAGAUGUAGGCUACAUAUAUUGGCGCGGGACUGAAUGUGUUUUUGGUUGCAUUUCGGGUGGCAAACUAGGUUAGAAUAUAACCAAGAAGGGUUAUAUUUUAAAAAAGAGAUCACAGUAGCCUACACUAAAGAUGGAUUUCAUGUCACUAAUCUGUCUCUGAAAUCCCACAGCUUCUUAAACUGUUAACCAGCUGUAUAAACAUUAUUUUCUAUUACACUUUUCCUUCUGCUUAAAUUUCCAAUGUGGCACUUUGCUUGAAAAUUGUCAGGUCAACAGACAGUUCAUAAUAUGGCCAUAACCUAAAACAGCUUUUUUAACAGACACAUUUUGUAAGAAAAUGAACAUUGUCUUCUGA